UGGGUUUAAGCAUUGCAUCACAGAGCAAGUGUAAGCAAAAAGGGCCCGGUAAUAUUUUCAGUCAUAGUCAGUAUUUGUUAUCUGUUUGUCCUUUUAGUCAGUGCGGCUGUCCUGGACGAAUAUGCAAAAACAGAGGGCGCCUGGAUUCUCUCUUUGGUGAAGAGGGAAUACUUAGUAGACACAGUCCUAGAAUGUGCCAUCAAGUGUAACGUUGAAAAAGCUUUCACUUGCAGGUAUCAUUAUGUUUAUGGUCAUUAAUAGUGAGAAUUAAUUAAUUUGUGAGAGAUGAUUUACAUAGUCAAAUUUCAUUCUGAAUGUUUCUUGGUAGGUCCUUCAUGUACAUUGAAAAGGAUCAAGAAUGUUUGACAAUACCAGCAAACAGCAAAAUAGAGCCUGUUCUGAGAAGAACCAUCACUUCUCUAUAUGAAAAGAAAGGCAAGUCCUAAUGUGUUUCUGACUUUUCUUGAUAAGUAGCUACAGAUGUAGGAUCUUAAUUUGAUUACCCUGUUACAGGAGAUUUUCUCUUAUGAAAAAUGUAUCAACCCUCUACAAAAAUGUCCAUUAAUUAUAAUCCACAUAAUAAUUCCCAUUUCCUGUUGCUACAGGAUUAUUGUCCUGCUGUAGCAAACUGGUUCAAAUUUAGAUCCUACAUCUGUAGACCUGAAGGGCUCUCAUUCAUUUCAUACAGUAAAUAUGCAUCUCAUCAUCAUGAAUACAUAAUGUAUUACAAAUAUUAGAAUACAAUUGAGUUUCAUGUGAUUGUAUUUGUCAACAUUAUUUUUGGUAAGAGGAUUGGACUGUGUCAGUAAACAAACCGAAGAGUUGAAGCAGGUUAUCUAAACAAGAGAGUCCAAUCAGUCCUUCAGUGGGAGGCACAUAGGGUAUUUCAAAUUCCAUACUGACCAUAUCUGACAACAUCUCAGAUAGUAAAAGCCUGAUGAUGCUUUUUAAUUACCCAAGAAGAUUACUAAAAAGCAACCCACCUACUACUGUUGAGACAUCUUAUUCUCUGUCUUUACAGAGUACUUGAAGGAGUGUGUAAAUGGAAUCGGUAUGGACUACAGAGGAACAAAGUCCAAAACAAUCUCUGGGAAGACUUGCCAGAGAUGGGCAUCAAAAUAUCCACAAAAGCCAAAGUAUGCUCCGCCACACCUUGUACCAGAUCCGGCGCCAGAACUAAUCAGUUGGACAGGCCUCUGAUUUUUUUCACGGGACUUCCUAUGUGUGCACGUGCUUGCGCGCUCACAAUUGUUUUUAUGGCUGUAAUAGUAAAGACCAUAGGCAGCUCGUGAGAUUUAGGGAAACUUAGGCCUACAAUUUAUCCUACCAUUUCUACCAAUCUGUGUGCCAGUUAUGAUUAUUUGUAUAUGCGCAUUUUCGUGGAACAGUUUAAUUUCAAUAAUAACGUUUUCCUUUCUCAAAGUUAUUGUCACGUGGGUAAUCAUAAAAAUCUGAAGUAAAAUUAUAAAAAUCUAAAAGUUAAAAUUCAACUAUUGCGAGAGCUCUAGCCUCUGCCAUUUGGAUACAUUGAUACACUGUGAUUCAUUGGCGGCUAAAGAAAUGAGAGCAUAGAACUCAGAGAUGCUGCAGUAGACCCAGGGGCGCAACUUCACUCUAAAAUUGCAUUUUUGUCCCCCCCAGUUUUAUCAUUGGAAUGUGAUACAAAACGAGUCAAGGGUGUGCUUUAGGACCAUGUGGAUGCCUCCGAGCGGUCGGGUAGGCUGUUUGGAGUGUCUAAAACCAAAGUUGCGCCCCUGAGUAGGCCUAUAACUUCCAUCAUCAACUAAGUAAAAUAAAUAGGCCUAAAGCCAACAAAUAAAAACAGUAGAAAAUAUCCUGAUGAAAAUUCUGGUUCUUUCAAUCACAUUAAUCUCUCUACUCCGCCUGUCUGCCUCCCUUUCUAUCUGUCUUGACUUGAGCUAUUGCUAGUGAAGUGCAACAUUUCAUCAAACCAUCACUUGGUCCAUCCUGAAGCUGUCGCUAGCGAACUUGCAACAUUGUAUAUAUUAGCCUAUUCCGGGCCCUCAGAGUUUUUUAAAACUUUUUUUAUCCAGUCUGAUAAAUAUCCAAACAGCCUACCUGAUUGCUCGGAGGCGUUCACAUGGUCUUAAAGCACACUGUUGCCUGGUUUUGUAUCACAUUCCAAUGAUAAAACUGGGGGGGACAAAAAUGCAAUUUCAGAAUGUGGGGGGGACGAAGUGCCCGUUAUACUCGAAACACAUGAUCUUAACACAUAUUUUAGACGCUUUUCACUGACAGCCGCAACUCAAUCAGCUAGACCUAUUGCCACGAGCACUACCCAAAUCGCGGGCUUCCCAAACACACUUGUGAUUUGAAACAAUCCACAGCAAAAAAAAAAUCUAUAAGAUAAUUAACCUCUGUGGCUAAGUCAUGCUCCCUGGUGAAGUUUUUUCAAUUAUUUUAUUUAGACAGGAGUAAUUGUAUAGCUAUGGCAAAACAUGUAUUUACUUUCGGGCAACCCUGCAACCCAGCAUGCUAACAGUGCACUGUGCACCCGCCAACUUUCAUUUCCAACUCGCAAGAGGCUGAAACCAGAGAUCUGUAUAUAAUGGCGAGAUGCUCAUGUCUCCGCCAUAACAAUGGGGGUCUUUGUCCCAAAGGCAGGAAGCUUAUGUCUGCAUAUUAUUCCCAAAGAAACGCAUUGAGCUUAUACUGGACAGACUCUGCUGAAACUAUAUCACCGGACAAAGCAGCAGAGCGAGCGAAACAGCGCCCCUCUAUAUGUAGCCCAUGUACUGUAUCUGAUGCUCUCUGGACAGAAAUAGUAUGACAUGCUAUACUCUUUUGGUCCAACACAAUGCUUUAACUGAGAUUGAUGCGUCUUCCUGUUGGCGCACGUUUCGGUCAAAUAAAUUAUCAAUAUUAUCAAUAUAUUAUCAAACCAGCUGCCCACUGCUCUGAGGCUAGGAAAUACUAUCACCACCGAUAAAUCUACAAUAAUCGAGAAUUUCAACAAGCAUUUUGCUACGGCUGGCCAUGCUUUCCACCUGGCUACCACUACCCCGGCCACCAACUCUGCACCCUCCGCUGCAACUUGCCCAUGCCCCCCCCCCCCCCCCCCCCCGCUUCUCCUUCACACAAAUUCAGACAGCUGAUGUUCUGAAAGAGCUGCAAAAUCUGGACCCCUACAAAUCAGCUGGGCUAGACAAUCUGGACCCUUUCUUUCUAAAACUAGCCGCCGACAUUGUCGCAACCCCUAUUACUAGCCUGUUCAACCUCUCUUUCGUAACGUCUGAGAUCCCCAGAGAUUGGAAAGCUGCCGCGGUCAUCCCCCUCUUCAAAGGGGGUGACACUCUAGAUCCAAACUGUUACAGACCUAUAUCCAAAGUAUUUGAAAGCCAAGUUAACAAACAGAUCACCGACCAUUUCGAAUCCCACCGUACCUUCUCCGCUAUGCAAUCCGGUUUCUGAGCUGGUCAUGGGUGCACUUCAGCCACGCUCAAGGUCCUAAACGAUAUUAUAACCGCGAUCGAUAAUAGACAGAACUGUGCAGCCGUCUUCAUCGACCUGGCCAAGGCUUUCGACUCUGUCAACCACCGCAUUCUUAUUGGCAGACUAAAUAGCCUUGGUUUCUCAAAUGACUGCCUCGCCUGGUUCACCAACUACUUCUCAGAUAGAGAUCAAUGUGUCAAAUCGGAGGGCCUGUUGUCUGGACCUAUGGCAAUCUCUAUGGGGGUGCCACAGGGUUCAAUUCUUGGGCCGACUCUUUUCUCCGUGUAUAUCAAUGAUGUCGCUCUUGCUGCUGGUGACUCUCAGAUCCACCUCUACGCAGACGACACCAUUUUGUAUACAUCUGGCCCUUCAUUGGACACUGUGUUAACAAACCUCCAAACGAGCUUCAAUGCCUACAACACUCUUUCAGUAGCCUACAACUGCUCUUAAACACUAGUAAAACUAAAUGCAUGCUCUUCAAUCGAACGCUGCUGGCACCCGCCCACCCGACUAGAAUCACUACUCUCGACGGGUCUGACCUAGAAUAUGUGGACAACUACAAAAACCUAGGUGUCUGGUUAGACUGUAAACUCUCCUUCCAGACUCACAUUAAGAAUCUCCAAUCCAAAGUUAAAUCUAGAAUCGGCUUCCUAUUUCGCAACAAAGCCUCCUUCACUCAUGCUGCCAAACAUGCCCUCGUAAAACUGACUAUCCUACCGAUCCUUGACUUCGGCGAUGUCAUUUACAAAAUAGCCUCCAACACUCUACUCAGCAAAUUGGAGGUAGUCUAUCACAGUGCCAUCCGUAUUGUCUCCAAAGCCCCAUACACUACCCACCACUGUGACCUGUACGCUCUUGUUGGCUGGUCCUCACUACAUGUUCGUCGUCAAACUCACUGGCUCCAGGCCAUAUAUAAAUCACUGCUAGGCAAAUCCCCGCCUUAUCUUAGCUCAUUGGUCACCAUAGCAGCACCCACCCGUAGUCUGCGCUCCAGCAGGUAUAUCUCACUGGUCAUCCCCAAAGCCAACACCUCCUUUGGCCGCCAUUCCUUCCAGUUCUCUGCUGCCAAUGACUGGAACGAACUGCAACAAUCUCUGAAGCUGGAGACUCUUAUCUCCCUCACUAACUUUAAGCAUCAGUUGUCAGAGCACCUUACCGAUCACUGCACCUGUACACAGCCCAUCUGAAAUUAGCCCACCCAACUACCUCAUCCCUGUGGACCUGGCAUCUUUUCACUCCCUCCUCUCUACAUUUUCUUCAUCUGUUUCUGCUGCUAAGGCCACUUUCUACCACUCUAAAUUCCAAGCAUCUGCCUCUAACCCUAGGAAGCUCUUUGCCACAUUCUCCUCCCUGCUGAAUCCUCCCCCCCCCCCCCCCCCUCCUCCCUCUCUGUGGAUGACUUCGUCAACCACUUUGAAAAGAAGGUUGACGACAUCCGAUCCUCGUUUGUUAAGUCUAAUGACACUGCUGGUCCUGCUCACACUGCCCUACCCUAUGCUUUGACUUCUUUCUCCCCUCUCUCUCCAGACAAAAUCUUGCGACUUGUGACUACAGGCCGCCCAACAACCUGCCCGCUUGACCCCAUCCCCUCCUCUCUUCUCCAGACCAUCUCCGGUGACCUUCUCCCCUACCUCACCUCGCUGAUCAACUCAUCCUUGACCGCUGGCUAUGUCCCUUCCGUCUUCAAGAGAGCGAGAGUUGCACCCCUUCUCAAAAAACCAACACUUGAUCCCUCUGAUGUCCACAACUACAGACCAGUAUCCCUUCUUUCUUUUUUUCUUUCCAAAACUAUUGAGCGUGCCGUCUUUAGCCAACUCUCUUGUUAUCUCUCUCAGAAUGACCUUCUUGAUCCAAACCAGUCAGGUUUCAGGACUGGUCAUUCAACUGAGACUGCUCUUCUCUGUGUCACGGAGGCUCUCCGCACUGCUAAAGCUAACUCUCUCUCCUCUGCUCUUGUCCUUCUAGACCUGUCUGCUGCCUUUGAUACUGUGAACCAUCAGAUCCUCCUCUCCACCCUCUCCGAGCUGGGCAUCUCCGGCGCGGCUCACUCUUGGAUUGCGUCCUACCUGACCGGUCGCUCCUACCAAGUGGCGUGCCGAGAAGCUGUCUCCGCUCCACGUGCUCUCACCACUGGUGUCCCCCAGGGCUCAGUUCUAGGCCCUCUCCUAUUCUCGCUAUACACCAAGUCACUUGGCUCUGUCAUAUCCUCACAUGGCCUCUCCUAUCAUUGCUACGCUGACGACACACAACUAAUCUUCUCCUUUCCCCCUUCUGAUAACCAGGUGGUGAAUCGCAUCUCUGCAUGUCUGGCAGACAUAUCAGUAUGGAUGACGGAUCACCACCUCAAGCUGAACCUUGGCAAGACGGAGCUGCUCUUCCUCCCGGGGAAGGACUGCCCGUUCCAUGAUCUCGCCAUCACGGUUGACAACUCCGUUGUGUCCUCCUCCCAGAGUGCGAAGAGCCUUGGCGUGACCCUGGACAACACCCUGUCGUUCUCCGCUAACAUCAAGGCGGUGACCCGAUCCUGCAGGUUCAUGCUCUACAACAUUCGGAGAGUACGACCCUGCCUUACACAGGAAGCGGCACAGGUCCUAAUCCAGGCACUUGUCAUCUCCCGUCUGGAUUACUGCAACUCGCUGUUGGCUGGGCUCCCUGCCUGUGCCAUUAAAUCCCUACAACUCAUCCAGAAUGCCGCAGCCCGUCUGGUGUUCAACCUUCCCAAGUUCUCUCACGUCACCCCGCUCCUACGCACACUCCACUGGCUUCCAGUUGAAGCUCGCAUCUGUUAAAAGUCCAUGGUGCUUGCCUAUGGAGCUGUGAGGGGAACGGCACCUCCGUACCUUCAGGCUCUGAUCAGUCCCUACACCCAAACGAGGGCAUUGCGUUCAUCCACCUCUGGCCUGCUGGCUCCCCUUCCUCUGCGGAAGCAUAGUUCCCGCUCAGCCCAGUCAAAACUGUUCGCUGCUCUGGCACCCCAAUGGUGGAACAAGCUCCCUCACGACGCCAGGACAGCGGAGUCACUCACCACCUUCCGGAGACAUCUGAAACCCCACCUCUUUAAGGAAUACCUGGGAUAGGAUAAACUAAUCCUUCUACCCCCCCCUGAAAAAUAAAUAAAUAAAUAAAUAAAAAUGUAAAGUGGUUAUCCCACUGGCUAUAGGGUGAAUGCACCAAUUUGUAAGUCGCUCUGGAUAAGAGCGUCUGCUAAAUGACGUAAAUCUAAAUGUAAAUAUAUUGUUAUUUAUUUUGCUCAUUUGCACCCCAGUAUCUCUAUUUGCACAUAAUCUCUUGCACAUCUAGCAUUCCAGUGUUAAUACUAAUUGUAAUUAUUUUGCACUAUAGUCUAUGUAUUGCCUUACCUCCAUAAUUUGCUACAUUUGCACACACUGUAUAUAUAUUUUCUGUUGUAUUUUUUGACUUUAUGUUUUUUUACGCCAUAUGUAACUCUGUGUUGUUGUUUUUAUCGCACUGCUUUGCUUUAUCUUGGCCAGGUCGCAGUUGUAAAUGAGAACUUGUUCUCAACUGGCUUACCUGGUUAAAUAAAGGUGAAAUAAAAAAUAAAAAUAAAAAUUUAUUUUUAUUUUAUUUGGAUGGGCAAUGAGGUACGGUAGAGCGGGCCAGGCCCCCUAAAGCCCGCCCAUAAUACCGGCCCUGCCUUGUACAAUAUUUCUCAUAUUCCUAUUAAGUAUUUUAUUGACAUAACAUGGACUACCAGCAGAUUAAAAGAUGCAUUGUAAAGGUUUUGUAUAAUUUUUGCCAGUAGUUUUGAAAGUAGUGGAACAUAAUUACAAAUAAUUUGUAGACUGCAAAAUAACCGCAAGAAGCCCAAACAGAUAUAAUAUUUGAUAAAAUAACUUCAAACCUUGCUUACGUUUGUAGACGAUCACCUACAGUAUAUCUAGGGUUGCAAAGGGAGGGUAUAUUACUGGAAACUUUCAAAGUUUACCAGUAAACUACCAGAAUUUUCGUAUCUUUUGUAUCUGUGAUAGAUUUUAUGUAAUCUAUCACAUGACAUCUUUUGGGUACUUCAGAUUAUCUCUGGCCCUCUAUGUAAAAUAUAUGAAGUAAUUAAAUAAGAUGACACAAAAAAUAUAUAUAUAUAGAAUGACAAAGCUGUAAAACAGUAUCUUAAAUAUAAACCAUCAACUUAGUGAAUAGCAUAUAUAUGAGGGUUUCAGCAUGAAAUAUCCUUAACACACUUUGAUUUAUUUUACUAUGUCAAUAUGUAUUUGUUGUCAAUGUUUUGGCAUCAAACUGGUGGCAGUUGUGAAAAAAGUCAAUAGUUGGAACAGUUGCAGAGUUAUUUGAAAAUUAUGCCAUUGUUGAUUAGAUGCUUUUUUCAUUAAUUAGGCUAUUUUCUCUUGAACCAUAUGGUCUAUCUACUAGAAACUCGUGGACAAUAUGGACACAGAUAUACCAAAAAAAUGAAUACUUUAUAUAAAUACACAUUUUUGAAGUUACUCAAGUAUAAAUUACCAAAGUUAGGAUAGAUUGCCAUAUAUUUUCUGUUAAAUACCAAAAUGACUGAAGAUUCCAGUAACUUUGGUAAAUUGUCGGUAGCUUUGCAACCCUACAUAUAUCUCUCUACAAUGCGUGAGAAUACUUUGGAACAGAUUUCCAAAAUUAAAAUCACUUGGAGCUGAUUUGCUGGUGUUGUUACAGUCUUUUAUGUCCAACAAUAAACAUUUUAAAACACUUUUUUUUUUGCUCAGAAAACUUGGGAGGGCCAAAUGAAACCACGUCCUGCAAAAAAAUAAAUAAUUAUCAUACAAUAUGUUACAAAUUUGUAAGUGCUUAAGAUCCUGUUCAAUCUCUUUAAGUAACUUGUGAGGUUAGAUUUCUUAGCAGCUGAAGGUAAUUCACGUUAUCUUUGUGAACGUCUCUUACAGCAUGACUCCGUCAACACACCCCAAAGCCGACCUGGAGUCCAACUUCUGCAGAAACCCUGAUGGGGACAGCAAAGGCCCCUGGUGUUUCACCACAGACCCUGACACCAGAUGGGAGACCUGCAACGUCCAGAACUGCAGCGGUACCCUCAAUAUCGUGUUAUGUCCCCACUCCCAAUAAGCUUAUGAAACAGCUGGUGUCAUGUUUGCACAAAAGUUAAGAUUUCAAAACCACUAAAAUACAAUCUAUAUUCAAACAAAGAGUUGACUACCUUUUUUAGUCACUCACUCAUCAUGACAGUUCACCUAUAAAAAUGCAUUAAGUGUAAUUUGGAAGUGUUUUAUUUCUAAAGCGCUGUUGUUUGGCCCACAGAGGAAUGUAUGCACUGCGGUGGUAAGAACUACAGUGGAAAGAUCUCCACCACUGAGAAUGGCUACACCUGCCAGCACUGGGACGUCCAGAAACCUCACAACCACGGCUACAUUACCAGCGCGUAAUAGCCUUUUUUUUUUCUCUCUCUCUCUCUCUCUCUCUCUCUCUCUCUCUCUCUCUCUCUCUCUCUCUCUCUCUCUCUCUCUCUCUCUCUCUCUCUCUCUCUCUCUCUCUCUCUCUCUAAUAUAUUUGUUAUACAGUGAGCUCAAAACUAUUGGGAAAGUGACACAUUUGUUGUUGUUUUGGCUCUGUACUCCAGCACCAUUUAGAAAUUACAGCACUUUUUGUACAAUAUCCCAUUUUAGGGGACAAAAAGUAUUGGGAAACAUUCUACAUUAAUGUGGAUGCUACUAUGAUUAUGGAUAAUCCUGAAUGAAUCGUGAAUAAUGAUGAGUGAGAAAGUUAGAUGCACAAAUAUCAUACCCCUCCCCAGAAAAUGCUAACCUUUCCUGUCAUUGUAAUGGUGAGAGGUUAGCAUGUCUUGGGGGUAUGAUAUUUGUGCGUCUAUAACUUUCUCACUCAUCAUUAUUCAUGAUUCAUUCAGGAUUAUCCAUCAUCAUGGUAGCAUCCACAUUAAUGUAGAAUUUUUCCCAAUACUUUUUGUCCCCUAAAAUGGGAUAAUGUACAAAAAGUGCUGUAAUUUCUAAAUGGUGCUGGAGUACAGAGCCAAAACAACAAAAAAUGUGUCACUUUCCCAAUAGUUUUGAGCUCACUGUAUAUGUCUAACCAUGUGAUCCUUCAUCUUGCUCUCUUUCCCUCUUCCUGUGUCCCUUUCUCUGUGUAUUUCUCUUUCUGCCUACCCCCCCCCCCCCCCCCCCCCCCCCCCAUCCCCUCCCCUCCCUGUCUCUCCAGUCUUCCUGAGAAGUACCUGGAGGAGAAUUACUGUAGGAACCCAGACGGAGACCCCAGACCCUGGUGUUUCACCACCAGCCCCUCCAAACGCUGGGACUUCUGCUCCAUCCCUCGCUGCAGUGAGCUAUCAUCAUAGAUAUACAACACUAUUACUAGUAUAUUGUCUAUGGCUUUCGUACCCUGGAUCUCUCCCCCGUCUGCCCAUCAUGUCCCUACUAGCGACUCUAUAACCCCAUUCAUUCCCUUCAUCUUUUAUCUCAUUUGUCUCCCAUGGCCCCUCGUUCCCCUGCUCUUUCACAUAAAAAUAGACAAUUUAAUUAAAGCAUAUGAGUUUACAAACUCCCAGGGAGAUCUCCUCACUCUCUCCCUCUCCCCUAGCCUCUGAGCCUCCCGAGGUGGUGGAGGAGCUCACUUGUGCCACAGGCGACGGCAGUGCCUACAGGGGAACCAUCGGCGUGACAGCAUCUGGGAAAGCCUGUCAGCUCUGGGCAACUCAGACACCCCAACAGCACAACAGAACUCCAGACAACUACCCAUGCAAGUAAGAUCAACCCAUGAGAUUGGGCAACUUGUUUUUACUCAAGCAAGAACCGAGCAUUGCUUUUCUCAGUGCAGUCGAUCAGUGUUUUAAUGUCUUAUAGAUACAGACUGACUGUGAUUUAACCAAUAUGUGUGGUUGUUUGUGUUCCUGUCAGAGGCCUGGAACUGAACUAUUGCAGGAACCCAGACAAUGAGAAGAUGCCCUGGUGCUUUACUACAGACCCAGAGACACGCUGGGAGUACUGCAAGGUGCCUAGCUGUGGAGAUGUUCCUGGACCAGGUCACUUUACACUGCAUCAUGAUGAUGAUGAUAAUGCAUUGGAUUUAUAUAGAGCUUUCCCAAGUGCUAAAGUCGCUACUUACUAACUAUGUAGCGAAACUCAUGUAAUCCACUACCAAUCCAUACAGCCUACAUUUUUCACCAAAAUUUAUAUUUAAUUUGGUUGACAUGGGUGAUAUUGUUUUUAAAACUCAGAUUACGCAGCGCCCCCUCCAGCUGAGGAAGACUGCUAUGUGGGCACCGGGAUUGACUAUCGUGGUAUUGUGACAGAGACCAUCAGUGGGAAGAAAUGCCAGGCCUGGAGCUCGAUGACACCUCACAGUCACAAUAAGACACCGCAGUCCUUCCCUAAAGCGUGAGGCCUAGAGCAUAGUCAAAUAUAAUCUCUACCCACUGGGCAAAAACUGGUUGAAUCAAUGUGGUUUCCACGUCAUUUCAACCCCCAAAAAUCUAUGUGAUGACAUUGAAGCAAUGUGGAAAACUGAUUGGAUUUGCAAAAAGUCAUCAACGUAAGGGCAUUUUGUAUUUUUUCACCCAACUUUUGACCUACAUUUCACAGGUGUAGAGAGGAGUAGGCAGGAGGCAGUCGCAGGUUUAGAACUACUGAAUUUAUUUAAGCACCAUAGAUCAAAGCGGGACGAAACCCAAACGAUGUUGUGCUCAAAAUAUAUCUUCAUUAACAAAAAGGCAAAGGGCGAACCCAAAGUGCAAAAUAUAAAGUACUCAGGAAAUAGUAGGAGAGAUACCUCUCAGGAACACAAGUAACAUUUACAAUGACCGACAAAGACAAAUGGCCGGAAGACGUGAGAGAAGAGAGCCUCUGUGGUCUGCAGGACCGUAGGGAGACCAGGCAGAGGAAUAAAAUGACAGGCUUUGGAAAACCGGUCCACAACGACCAGGAUGGUGGUGUGUCCCUACGAGGGGGGAAAGUCUGUGACAACGUCCACAGAGAGAUGGGACCAGGGUCGUUGUAGAACCGGCAGUGGGUGGAGUUUGCCAUAGGGGAGGUGUCUAGGUGUCUAGGUGUCUUGCUCUGUGUGCAGGUGGAGCAGGAAGAGACGUAAACCCGGACGUCCCGGGUCAAGGUGGGCCACCAGUACUUGGCGGAGAGACAGUCGAUAGUACGGGCUAUACCCGGGUGCCCCGACACAGCUGCUGUGUGUGCCCAGGCGAGGAGACAGUCCCGCACAUCAGAGGGCACGUAGUGGGCAGGAGAGGGCGGAGGAGCAGGAGCAGGAGCCUAUAAUGCGGGACAGGGGAUAAUGGGUGUCACUUUCUCCCUCCGAUCCUCUGUGUCAUGCAGAGGCCACCUGUAGGUCCCGGUAUUCCUCUGGGAUAGGGACGUGGGUGGCCUGGUCCGGACUUUCCACGGAAUUGGCACAGAUUGACACAGAGAAACACCUCCCCUGACACUCCUGCGACCAACCCAACAACCUCCUCUCUGUCCAUGAUAUACUGGGGUUAUGCAACCGUAGCCAGGGGAAACCUAAAACUACGGGGUGUGCAGGAGAGUCUAAGAUGAGGAAAGUGAUGCGUUCGUGGUGGUUGUGAUUAACUGUGAGGGAAAUGGGAAUCGUGGUCUGGUGCACCAGUCCUGUUCCUAGGGGACGGUUGUCUAGGGCAUGGACUGGGAUAGGGGGUUGUAAAGGGACUAGAGGAAUGCGUAAUGAUAAGGCCACUGACUGGUCUAGGAAAUUGCCUGCAGCACCUGAGUCCACUAGGGAAGGACUCAGUGGGGGACCAUGAUAGUCAGGGAAGGUGACAGGGAGGAGGACGGGCUGUGUGGACAGAGAGGAGCAAGGCACGUCCACGCCUACCUGGGAAGGUGUAGGAGCGCUCCUCGGCCUGUCGCUUCCUCGCCUGGUUCUCUUUCUGGGACAGGUAUUCCAGGGGUGGUCCGACUCCCCGCAGUAGGAGCAGAGACCCUGUUGACGGCAGCGUUGACGUUCCGCAGGGGGAAGGUGCGUCGUGCCCACCUCCAUGGGCUCAGUCUCACUGGAGGUUCCUGGGAGAAACCCGAACCCCCGGGAUGGGCGACGACGGGCACGCAGGAGAUUAUCCAGGCGGAUGGCCAUGACGAUGAGCUGUUCCAGCGUGAGGUCUUUAUCGCGACAGGCCUGCUCGGUCUGGAUGUCUUCCUGUAGCCUGCUGCGGAAAACCGUCAACAGGGCCUGGUCGUUCCAGCCAGUGGACGCAGCCACCGUCCGGAGCGUACUCCGACGCUGUCCUGGACCGCUCUCUUGGCCCUCUGUGGGUGGUCGAAGACGACACGGAAGAGUUGGGUGAAACGCUCAUAGGAAUGCACUUCUGGACCGUCCCUCUCCCAGACGGCGUGAGCCCACUCCAGAGCCCGGCCUGUCAGCACCGAGAUCACCAAGGCCACCUUGUCCCUCUCGGAGGCCGUCCUGGCAUGACGGGCAAGGUGGAGGUCACACUUCAGGAGAAACCCCCUACAGUGAGCUGGGGUGCCGUCAAACCACUCCGGGAGGAGCAGGUGGACGUUGCUGAUCGGACCGGGUGAUGUAGAUGGUGGUGGGGUGGCUGGAACGACCACGGGGAGCUGGGAAGGUGGUAGUGUAGCCUGCAGUUGGCAGGAUGUCCUGCUGCUUCCUGUUUUCUUGGGUCGGUCAUUCUGUCACAGGUGUAGAGAGAAGGUCGUGGUCCUCUGUAGCUCAGCUGGUAGAGCACGGCGCUUGUAACGCCAAGGUAGUGGGUUCGAUCCCCGGGACCACCCAUACACAAAAAUGUAUGCACGCAUGACUGUAAGUCGCUUUGGAUAAAAGCGUCUGCUAAAUGGCAUAUUAAGUAGGCAGGAGGCUGUCGCAGGUUUAGAACUACUGAAUUUAUUUAAGCACCAUAGAUCAAAGCGGGAAGAAACCCAAACGCUGUUGUGCUCAAAAUAUAUCUUCAUAAACCCAAAGUGCAAAAUAUAAAGUACUCAGGAAAUAGUAGGAGAGAUACCUCUCAGGAACACAAGUAACAUUUACAAUGACCGACAAAGACAAAUGGCAGAGGGAGUAAAUAGUGAUAGUGGGAAUUGGAACCAGGUGUGUGUAAUGAUGACGAGACAAGUCCAGGGUUGAUGAGUGAAGGGCGUUUUCCAGCAGUAGGUUCGGCAGCAGCUAGAAGGCCGGUGACACCGAAUGCCUGAGCUGGACAGGAGGGGGAACCAAAGCGAAGGCUGGUGUGACACUAAAUCCAUUGUGUAAAUCAAAUGUAAAUCAAAACUAGAUGUUGAACUGAUGUUUGUGCCCAGUGGGAAAUGUAUAUCUCUAGCUCUAUCUCUGUCUUCUACUAUCUGGUCAUUAAAAGCCAAACAAUGUAAUAUGUAAUCUGCAGUGUCUGAGGACAUUAUGUAUUUUACAUGUGUUUCACAGCGAUUUGAGAAGAAACCUGUGUAGGAACCCUGAUGGCGACCGUGCUCCAUGGUGUUACACCACUGAACCCUCUGUUCGUUGGGAGUUCUGCAGUGUGGAUAAAUGCCCAACUGCUCCCAAGCCUACUCCCAAGCCUGACAAACAUGACCAGCCCAAGCCAGCACCCUCCCAGACACCCUCAGACAACAGCAGAGGUAAUCCAUCCAUCCUUUCAUCAGUGUUGGGGAAGCUACUUUGAAAAUAUACAGUGAUCUCCAAAAGUAUUGCGACAGUGACACAUAUUUUGUUGCUUUGGCUCUGCACUCCAGCAAUUUGGAUUUGAAUUGAUACAAUGAUUAUGAGGUUAAAAUGCAGACUGUCAGCUUUAAUUUGAGUUUUUUUUAAAAUCCAUAUCGGGUGUACCGUUUAGAAAUUACAACACUUUUUGUACAUAGUCCCCCCAUUUUUGGGGACUAAAAGUAUUCACUUAAAUGUAUAUUAAAGUAGUAAAACGUUAAGUAUUUUGGUCCCGUAUUCCUAGCACGCAAUGACUACAUUAAGCUUGGGACUGUACAAACUUGUUGGAUGCAUUUGCUGUUUGUUUUGGUUGUGUUUAAGAUUAUUUUGUGCCCAAUAGGAAUUAAUGGUAAAUAAUAUAGUGAGUCAUUUUGUAGUCACUUUUAUUGUAAAUAAGAAUAGAAUAUGAUUCUAAACACUUCUACAUUAAUGUGGAUGCUACCAUGAUAACAGAUGAUCGUGAAUGAAUCGUGAAUAAUGAUGAGUGAGAAAGUUACAGAUACACUGUUAUGAUGAGUUUCUAGGGUAUCAAGUGAUUACGAAUGUAAGGAUGUACUUAGACACUUUUGAUGGGGAGUUCAUAUAAGAUAUUUAAUAUGGUACCAUGUUUAGUUAUAACAGAUAUAGCCCUGCCUCUUCCAACUUCCUAACUCCAGAACAAAGAUCCACUCUCUCUAUAUAUACACUCUGUUACAAGUCUCUCCACAAACAUCUGGUAAACCUCCAUGGGCACUCCCAUUCUUUGAUGUUAUUACCCUUUACCCCUGUCAGUAUAUCCUGUCCAUCAAUUAUUCUAAGAUCAACCUCAGUAAUCUCCCCUUUGACAUAACGGAAUGUAGACUCCGUGGCAGCAAACCACUUAUCUACUAACUCUCCCCCUGGUCCACACAAUACUAUGACAUGACAUCAUUACAAUCCACUUUUUUUUUCUUAUUUUGUGGUAAGUAAGAUUACUUAACCCCCAACAAUUCAUAUAAAAUACAAUAUUCCCAAUCAGUAGUAUAUGUCUGACUAGAUCCUAACCUAUGCUAAAUAACUGACCCAUCAUCUUAGACAUGCUACCAAGAAAACAUCCAUAUAAAUAAAUUGUGACCAUCAUGACAUCAUCCCCACAAAUACAAAGAUCCAUAACCAUUACUAAGUUACAUGGAUAUUAUAAUCUGGUCACAUUAAUAUAAAAAAACAAAAACGUCUGUCUUCGUCAUCCAUGCGCAGUCAGAUGAACCCCAAGCUUUUCCCUGGUCACUUGGGGAGCUAUCUGAUCUACUGAGAUAGUCUUCUUUCCACAUCUUCAAUCCUGUAAACCUCAAUCCACUUUAUACAUUUCCAAUUUAACAUUCCUCAUUCCUCAAUCAACAUUAUCAAUGGACUCUAAACUGGAAUAACAUAUAGGUGAAUAAUUUAUCCUUUCUCUCUGUUAUGAUGAGUUUCUAGGGUAUCAAGUGAUUACAAAUGUAAGGAUGUACUUAGACACUUUUCAUGGGGAGUUCAUAUAAUAUAUUGAAUAAGGUACCAUAUUUAGUUAUAACAGACAUAGCCCUGCCUCUUCCAACUUCCUAACUCCAGAACAAAGAUCCACUCUCUCUAUACUGUAUGUUAACGUGGGCUAUUUUGAGCACUUUUCUUCUGGGAUGCUUACUUGAUUUCAUUGCUUUACUGGGAAGCUUAGCAGAAGUAGAUAUAAUCAUGUUAUUUAUGUUAGUGCAGAGUGAGCUGCACACAGUGGACUUCCUCCUAGGGCACACCGCCUCAGUUCUAACAGUAUAAAUCUGGUUCAUACGCACAUGAUUACUGCAUACAAUAGCUGUAGGAUUAGCAGAGGCAUUCAGAGCAGUUAGAGGGACAUAAAUUAGGUUACUUACAUUGUGUCUACCAAAGCCCCGGUGUAAUGUACAUUUGCUGAAGCAUUAUGACAACUGCGUCACAAUGGCAGGGAUUAGCUGAGCUAGGCUUGGGUCAUUGAUAAGUCAUUGUCUCAACACAGCCUUAUAAUGCUGUGAAAGGAUCCAGAAACCCAAAUGAUUUGGGUGGAUCCCAUCCUCCUUAUACAGUGCCUUGCAGAAGUAUUCAUCCCCCUUGGCGUUUUUCCUAUUUUGUUGCAUUACAACCUGUAAUUUAAAUUGAUUUUUAUUUGGAUUUAAUGUAAUGGACAUACACAAAAUAGUCCAAAUUGGUGAAGUGGAAUAAAAAAAAAAAACUUAUUUCAAAAAAUUCUAAAAAAUAAAUAACGGAAAUGUGGUGCGUGCAUAUGGAUUCACCCCCUUUGCUAUGAAGCCCCUAAAUAAGAUCUGGUCCAAACAAUUACCUUCAGAAGUCACAUAAUUAGCUAAAUGAAGUCCACCUGUGUGCAAUCUAAGUGUCACAUGAUCUGUCACAUGAUCUCAGUAUAUAUACACCUGUUCUGAAAGGCCCCAGAGUCUGCAACACCACUAAGCAAGGGGCACCACCAAGCAAGCGACAACAUGAAGACCAAGGAGCUCUCCAAACAAGUCAGGGAAAAAGUUGUGGAGAAGUACAGAUCAGGGUUGGGUUAUAAAGAAAAUAUCUCUGAACAUCCCACGGAGCACCAUUAAAUCCAUUAUUAAAAAAUGGAAAGAAUAUGGCACCACAACAAACCUGCCAAGAGAGGGCCACCCACCAAAACUCACGGACCAGGCACGGAGGGCAUUAAUCAGAGAGGCAACAAAGAGACCAAAGAUAACCCUGAAGGAGCUGCAAAGCUCCACAGCGAAGAUUGGAGUAUCUGUCCAUAGGACCACUUUAAGCCGUACACUCCACAGAGCUGGGCUUUACGGAAGAGUGACCAGAAAAAAAGCCAUUGCUUAAAGAGAAAAAUAAGUAAACACGUUUAGUAUUCGCCAAAAGGCAUGUGGGAGACUCCCCAAACAUAUGGAAGAACGUACUCUGGUCAGAUGAGACUAAAAUUGAGCUUUUUGGCCAUCAAGGAAAACGCUAUGUCUGGCGUAAACCCAACACCUCUCAUAACCCCGAGAACACCAUCGCCACAGUGAAGCAUGGUGGUGGCAGUAUCAUGCUGUGGGGAUGUUUUUCAUUGACAGGGACUGGGAAACUGGUCAGAAUUGAAGGAAUGAUGGAUGCCGCUAAAUACAGGGAAAUUCUUGAGGAAACCUGUUUUAGUCUUCCAGAGAUUUGAGACUGGGACGGAGGUUCACCUUCCAGCAGGACAAUGACCCUAAGCAUACUGCGAAAGCAACACUCGAGUGGUUUAAGGGCAAACAUUUAAAUGUCUUGGAAUGGCCUAGUCAAAGCCCAGACCUCAAUCCAAUUGAGAAUCUGUGGUAUGACUUAAAAAUUGCUGUACACCAGCGGAACCCAUCCAACUUGAAGGAGCUGGAGCAAUUUUGCCUUGAAGAAUGGGCAAAAAUCCCAGUGGCUAGAUGUGCCAAGCUCAUAGAGACAUACCCCAAGAGACUUGCAGCUGUAAUUGCUGCAAAAGGUGGCUCUACAAAGUAUUGGCUUUGGGGGGGGGGCGAAUAGUUAUGCACGCUCAAGUUUUCCGUUUUUUUGUCUGAUUUGUUGUUUGUUUCACAAUAAAAAAUAUUUUGCAUCUUCAAAGUGGUAGGCAUGUUGUGUAAAUCAAAUGAGACAAACCCUCAAAAACACAAUUUUAAUUCCAGUUUGUAAGGCACCAAAAUAGGAAAAAUUAAUGAAUACUUUCGCAAGCCAAACGUGUUUUGUUCCCAAAAGGUAUCGAAAUUGUCAACAAACGUUACACCCAUUGAGCUGCAAUAAUCACGUAGCCAGUUGUGAAGAGAAAGAAUCCUGCUAAAGCGUUCAAUGCCACGAUUCAGAGAGGGCACAGGGCCAGAUAUGAUGGGUCUUUUGUUGGUGUCUAGCAGAGAGUCAAUCAGCUCUUUAAAAUCCAGUUUCAACUGAUCAGAGCUGCCCUUCAUAAUGUCAUUAAAACCCCCAUUGACUACGAUAGAAUGGAUUUCCAUGUCCUGACGUAGUACAUUCGGGAGCAGCUUAGUAAUGUCAUUUACUCGAGCUCCGGGAUAGGACAUUGUAUUUGCACCAGGAACAGUCACAUUUCUUACCAUUUCGCUACAUGGGAAAACAUUUUAAAUAAUUAACUACUGAAAACACUACCUAGAUUAGAAUUUAGUUCAGCAUUCAUUCACUCACCCUACAUUGUCAGUGUUGAGGGUAGAAAUUGAUCCGUGAUAUUGUUUUCUGUUGACUGUGGCUUUCAGAUUGCAAGGUGGGCAACGGGGGGACAUACAGGGGUCCUACUUCCAUGACCAUGUUGGGUGUCACCUGUCAGAGUUGGAGCGCCCAGAGCCCCCAUCAGCACAUCAGCUUCACCCCUGAAUCCCACCCUGACAAAGGCCUGGAGUCCAAUGUAAGUUCAAGGAAUCUUCUUAUAAGACAUAUUUAAAUAAUAUCAGACGAUACUGCAAAAGUAUUUCAUAUGACAGACAUUUGGGAAGAUGUACUUCAAUUUAUUCAGCGCCCCUUUUCACUGGUAGAAUUGUAGAAACCCUGACAAUGACGUGAAUGGACCAUGGUGCUACACCACAGACAGAAGCCAGAAAUGGGACUACUGCCAAAUCCCAGAUUGCGGUAUGUGGACUACUGUGAGCAGGGUGCGAAUUAUGGGAGAGCCAGGGGGGGCUCAGCUUCCCUGAAUGAGACAUGAGUUCUCCCAAAUACAACAAAAGUCAAACUUUGGGGGGUGUAUAAUAAUGCUAAUUUAACCAUUCUCCUAUUUGUUUAAAAUGCAGUGGUAAAUAUGUUUUACGGUGGUAAAUAUUAAAAUAAAAGCUUCCAAAUUGAACAGACACCCCCACCUCUUUGUCAAGGUUUAAACCAUUUAUUUCUACGUGGCUGCACAAACCUCCAUGUCCACAGCACUGUGCACUCAGUAGUGUUGAAUUUUGGCCACAGCUGAGCACCUUUAAAUGCAUAGAUUUUCCUUUGUACUUGCUCAUUUUCACCAUUUGUUUGCCAUGCACCCUUGAUAAAAAAAACUGCCUUUAUUCCAAUUCAUAAGAUUUAUACAUUGAUUUAUCAUUGUUUGCUUUUGUCAGUCGGCUGUUUAGAGCGCUCAUUGCGGGUACUGGUGUUCUCUGUGCUGUCCUGGCCAGAAAACAUUUAUUUAGCUUUAUUAUUUUUUAUCAACAUUUGUUUUCUUUCCUGGAUCAGCUGAUGAUGGUCGACAAUAUCACUAGACAACUAGCCUACAGCUAGACACCAAUGUGCAUCCAAUCCAUCCAACAUUAAUGACAGUAGGCCUAUAGUUGACUCUUUCUGUUAGAAGCAUUCCAUUUUGCAAUGCCAUAGGCCUACAUUAUUUUGGAUUUGUGUGCCCAUGAGAACUGUUUUCAUGGCGAAACAUAAUUACAUUUUAUGUAGGCAUUUUCCGAGAUCUCCAAGAUCCAGGAAUCGUGCUGGAUUUAAGUUCAAUGUUCUAAUUCAAUUGUUAAAUGCUUAAUAAUGACAAAUAACAAUGUCAUUAAUGUCAGGAAAGAAAGGUAGUGUUUUAUGUCACACGAUCUAUGAAGACUCCAUGCAUUCAACUCAUGAAUUACGGACAACUCAUGAACUAAGAUGUAAACAUGUUUUGAUUCAACUCGUGUAUUUUAUUAGUGUAGUAUAGGGAGCGUUAUAGGGAGCGUUAUAUUUUUCACCGUGACUGGCAAAGAGUUUAUCCACCGAUCUUUUUACCACUACAUCACUGGCUAGCGGAAGCCCUAUUUAAAGGUCAUAGUAAUUGGCCUACACAUUGUAGCCUAGUGUAGUAAGUUGACCCUGUGUGUUAGGGUGACCAUCCCGUUUUCCCUGGGACAUUUUCAGCCCCAUUUCAGGUGUCCUGACUUUACAGGCUACAAAAAAAGUAUAUUUGUCACCAAGACGCAUCAAUGAAUGUACUGUAGGCCCAAUCAAUGGCGAUCACUGAAUGUCAUUAGGCACACUUUUUUGGUGUUUGUAAACAGAUGUCUAUUUCCAUUCACCAAGUAGCGUUUCCAUUAUUCUGGAGUGGAGGAACAUGCACAGGUAGCCUACUUUUUGAAGUGAUUUGUUUUGUUCAAUCAGAUGAAAGCAUCAUGAAUGGUUGUGUUCAUGCCACAUUAAAAGGUCAUUCAUUUUUACCAUUAAAUUACUUUUUUAUUCUAGACCCAUAAAAUAAAAUUGUGCACCCAAAAUUGUGCACCCCCCCUGUUGUUUUAACACAGUUGUUUUAUCCAGAUUUACUGUAUGUGGUUACUGUAUGUACAUCUGCUAUAUCUGGUCUACAUUGUGGAAUGCAGAAAUAAAACUGUAUUUUUGGUCUCCAGCUGGCUUGAAAUGUGGGCAGCCUGUUACAAAGCCCAUGAGGUGUUUCGGUCGCAUCGUUGGAGGCUGUGUAUCCAAACCCCACUCAUGGCCCUGGCAGAUCAGCCUAAGGACCAAGUAUGGAGGAUAGUAUCCCAUUCCCUUUCAUGAAUCUCAUUAAUAUAUUGAUACCUCUAUACAAUAAGAAAAAACAAUAUCUCUUGGAGAACUUACUCAGUUACUCUUCUGUCCGUCCCUCUGCAGCACUGGCAUCCAUAUCCAUACCCAUAUCUGUGGAGGAACUCUGAUCGCCCCUCAGUGGGUCCUCACCGCUGCCCACUGCCUGAAGAUGUGAGAGAGCAGCCCUCAUCAGUGCCCAUAUCAACUCAGUUGUCAUGAGGCUAAUUACUGACAAAACCUAUACCAACAAGAAGGGCAGCUGUACAUACUCUGUAGUAGUGGCCAAUGUUCCCUCAAAAAAGGUCUGCUGAGCGCAAACUUGAACAUUGUGAAAAUUCUGUGCAACUUCCAGCACGCGUUUACUGUGAGCACUGAGGCUGUACCAGUUACAGUUUUAACAGUGGCCAAGUAGGCUACUGUGGCUAUUUGAUCAUAAUGUAGGCCUACCAGAGUGGCCUACCAUCAAAAACAAUGGAGAAAAAAUGCAUCCCAUAACAUUUUAACAUGGAAAUAGCUGUUUUAUCAUUCAGCCUACAGUAGCAGCAAAUGUGCUUAUUCAAGACGGUCUCAAAAUACAACACUGCCCCUUUAAGACAUAGAAAAAAGCUCUUUACCUGACUAGCUUUUCAAAGAUGGCUAGAAAUGCGCCCGCGCACACAUGCAGAUUAGAGGGAAAAUUGAUAGUGGCUGAGUGUUAGCCUCCUACACAGCAGAAAAGCAGCAUGACUGUUUAGUAUUAAUAAUAAUAAUAUAAUAAUAUGCCAUUUAGCAGAUGCUUUUAUCCAAAGCGACUUACAGUCAUGCGUGCAUACAUUUUUUGUGUAUGGGUGGUCCCGGGGAUCGAACCCACUACCUUGGCGUUACAAGCGCCGUGCUCUACCAGCUGAGCUACAGAGGACCACCGUAUUGUUUACUGUGAGGUCCUAAUUAUGGAUUACAUACAAGUACAUCUUCCUGUGUGUGUGUCAGAUCAAAGAGGCCAUCUGCCUACAUGGUGGUAUUGGGAACCCAUACAGAGAGAGCAAAUGAAGCGUCCAAGCAGGAGCGUAACCUGGAGAAACUGAUCCUGGGACCUGGCGGGACAGACAUUGCACUACUGAAGCUAGACAGGUGAGUGAGGCCAUUGCAUGUCAUUAAAGAAAAACUCAAUAGAAUGUUUUAUAUUUUUCUUGCUGUUUGGAAGUCAGAGGCUGUAAAAAGACUUGUGUGAUUGGUUGCAGCCCUGCACUCAUAAAUGACAACGUUUUACCAGUAUGCUUACCUGAGAAGGAUUACGUGGUACCAUCUGGAACUGAGUGCUAUGUGACAGGAUGGGGAGAGACACAAGGUUCAAGAGUCAUGCAUGUUUUUUCCCCUCAUGGUUGCUCUCAUAACAUGACACAAAAUGAAGUUAUUCUUCUGUCCAGGACUCCAUUACUUUGUUGAUGCAAAUAUACCAAACAUUUUCUAUAUUUUCCGACAUAAAACAUUGAUCUUUGUGUUUGUAGGAACUGGUGGAGAAGGGCUCCUCAAGGAGACGGGCUUCCCUGUUAUAGAAAAUAAAGUGUGUAAUCGUCCUGCCUACCUGAACAACAGAGUCAAGGACCAUGAGAUGUGUGCUGGGAACAUUGAAGGGGGAGCAGACAGUUGCCAGGUACAUACUACCAGUCAAAAGUUUUUUUAACGGUUUUUCUUUAUUUUUACUAUUUUCUACAUUGUAGAAAAUUAGUGAAGACAUCAAAACUAUGAAAUAACACAUAUGGAAUCAUGUAGUAACCAAAAAAGUGUUAAACAAAUCAAAAUAUAUUUUAUAUUUGAGAUUCUUCAAAUAGCCACCUUUGCCUUGAUGACCGCUUUGCACUCUCUUGGCAUUCUCUCAACCAGCUUCAUGAGGUAGUCACCUGGAAUGCAUUUCAAUUAACAGGUGUGCCUUCUUAAAAAUUAAUUUUUGGAAUUUCUUUCCUUCUUAAUGCGUUUGAGCCAAUCAGUUGUGUUGUGACAAGGUAAGUGGGGUAUACAGAAGAUAUACCUAUUUGGUAAAAUACCAAGUCCAUAUUGUGGCAAGAACAGCUCAAAUAAGCAAAGAGAAAUGACAGUCCAUCAUUACUUUAAGACAUGAAGGUCAGUCAAUACGGAACAUUUCAAGAUCUUGCAGUCGCAAAAACCAUCAAGCGCUAUGAUGAAACUGGCUCUCACGAGGACCGCCACAGGAAUGGAAGACCCAGAGUUACCUCUGCUGCAGAGGAUAAGUUAAUUAGAGUUACCAGCCUCAGAAAUUGCAGCCCAAAUAAAUGCUUCACGGCGUUCAAGUCACAGACACAUCUCAACAUCAACUGUUCAGAAGAGAAUGUGUGAAUCAGGCCUUCAUGGUCAAAUUGCUGCAAAGAAACCACUACUAAAGGACACCAUUAAGAAGAAGAGAAUCGCUUGGGUCAAGAAACACGAACAAUGGACAUUAGACCGGUGGAAAUUUGUCCUUUGGUCUGGAGUCCAUAUUUUAGAUUUUUGGUUCCAACCACUAUGUCUUUGUGAGAUGCGGUGUGGGUGAACGGAUGAUCUCCGCAUUUGUAUUUCCCACCGUAAAGCAUGGAGGAGGAGGUGUUAUGGUGUGGGGGUGCUUUGCUGGUGACACUGUCUGUGAUUUAUUUCAUAGUUUUGAUGUCUUCACUAUUAUUCUACAAUGUAGAAAAUAGUUUAAAAAAAGAAAAACCCUUGAAUGAGUAGGUGUUCUAAAACUUUUGACCGGUAGUGUACAUGCUCAGCAACAACCAGUAGUCAUUCAAUUUAAUUAAGGACUGUGUAGUUGGUUGUAUACCGCAGAUUCCACAAUGAGUUUAAAGUUAACUGCAUCAGAGUUUUUUACCUCUGUUUUUUACUUCUUCUAGGAUGACAGUGGUGGCCCUUUGGUGUGCCAUGCUCAGAACACCUUUGUUCUCCAGGGAGUGACAUCGUGGGGUCUGGGCUGUGCCGACGCCAUGAAGCCAGGGGUGUACAUCAGAGUAUCUAAAUUUAUGGAUUGGAUUAACAAUCAGAUGAAGAUUAAUUCUUCACCCUCUGCUAUACCUCCAUAAUCUUGAGGAAUGUUGAAUUUGAGCCCUAAAUGUAGUUAUAUUAAGACUUGUAAGACUUGAAAGUACAAAUUAAAUACCUGUGGUAAGUGAUUUCUUCCGAAAUUGCAAGGUUCUAGCCUGGUACACAACAAUGGUGUUUGACCACAUGUUAAAUAAAGGAAGAGCUUGUGUGUCAUUGGGAUCUUUGGUGUGUCAUGUUAA